GUCUCAUCCCACCCAUCCCAUCCCCAUUUCCCGACUUUGCUUGUCAUUCUCCCCGUUGGAGUGAGAAAGAUAGAACAGUAAAAGACAAGGCAGACUAGUGAUCAAUCAUGGCCGCCUCCUUCAUGAAAGGUCUAAUCUCACCUAAAAUUAGAACAGCGUCCUCAUCGUCAGUAGGGAAUCUGCCAUUGACACCACUAGCAUCUAUAACAUCAUCGGGACCACGGGACCUCAGAGAUAUAACAAAAGAUGGGUCAGAACCUGAAGCAUUGAAAGCUCUCGAAAUUGCACCUGAUGUCAGUGAAUUAACCUUUCCAUAUGGUGCAAACCUGUUACAUUUCGCGGCAAAACGUGGGUGGUGUAAAGUGAUGAAAGAGCUCUUGCACAAGGAUUAUAAAGCUAACUGCGAAGACAACAGGGGCUGGACUCCCUUGCACUAUGCUGUUGUGUACCAUCAGUUAGAAGCUGUCACUUUACUGGUCAGCAGUUUCAAUGCUGACCUAUCGCAUUCCGACAAAAAUGGAAACACACCCAUUCACUUAGCUUGUCAUCAUGGGUACAAGAGCAUGGUGGCAUACAUCAAAGAAAUUGAUCGGUUGGAUUUGGGUGUCAAGAACUCAGAGGGAGACACGCCGUUUCACUUGGCAUGUGCCAUGUUUAAGUACAUGGUGAUGUACCUUUUAGAGAUUGGUAAGGUUGAUCUGAAUUCACUCAAUGUUCUGGGUCAUUCUCCUGUCCAGUCAGCUAUAAGACAGGAGAGAUGGGAAACAGCCAUUUAUCUUGUGAAGGAGCAUGGAUGCAGCCCCUGUGGAGUGGAUCACUAUGGUAACACUCUUCUUCACGAGUUGAGUCGACGAGGGAUGUAUGAUCAAUUAAAGGAGGUGGCUUCAACUGGUGAGCUUUGUUUUUCCAGUCAGAAUAUGGUCGGAGACACUCCUCUUCACAUAGCAUGUUAUCACGCUCACUCCAACAUUGUAGAGUACCUAUUGUUGCAAGACUCCAUUGAUCUUAAUCUCACCAACCAGAAUGGACUUACUCCAGUGGGUGUGGCUUGUCACCAAAGCAACUGGCAGAUUGGGCUCAGGCUAAUAACUGAGUGUGGGUGUAGUCCUGUUGGUACAGAUCAGCAAGGAAACACUUAUAUUCAUGGAGCAUGUAUGACAAAUAAUUUCAAUGCAUUACAGCACAUUGUCUCAAGUGGUUCUGUCUCUUAUACAGUACAGAAUAGGAAAGGUGACAGUCCACUUCACAUUGCUUGUUACAAUGGUAACAUGGAGAUUAUCCGUUUCCUCAUUUCACUUCCUAACUCCACCCAGUGUUGCCGAAACACAGCUGGGGACACACCCCUUCAUUUUGCGAGUAUGGCAGGUCAUGCUGACGUGAUCAAGUUUUUAAUGGAGAACUCUCAUGGUGACAACUUAACACUCAAUAACGCAAAGAACUUACCUCUUCACUUGGCAUGCGAAUAUGGUCAUACUGAAGCUGCCAGGAUGCUGGUAUCUCUUUCACCUUCUCCAAGUGUUCUAAAGCAAGUUAUCGAAUCAAAGAAUGGUCAAGGAAAGACGCCCACAGAGUUUGCUUUAGUUUGUCAGAAGUGGGACACUGCUGUCUACAUGGCUACGUUAUCAGAUAUGUAUGUACCUGCCAUUGAACGUCACUUGCACCUUUUCUGUUCCGAGGGUUACUAUGACCUAAUACGGACUAUAUUUUCGACUCUUAAAGUUGACGUCAACUGUCGGGAUCGUUUUAAGAACACUCCCCUCCAUCACGCCUGCAAAUCUGGUGGAAUCGACAUAAUUAGGUACCUACUACUUGAAGCCAAUGCUGAUGCCACUUGUGCUAAUGAGCUCCAGAAUACACCCAUUCAUACUGCUAGCCUAGAGGGUCACAAUGAUGCUGUCAGUUUACUCCUUGAAACUGAAGGUGUUGAUCCAAAUGUUCUCAACAAAGAGAAGAAUACUCCAUUGCACAUGGCUUGCAGUCGCAGGCACUUUAGUGUCAUUAAAUGUUUAAUGAAGACAGGUCGUGUGGAUCCAUUUAUUGCCAAUAAAGAUGGGAAGACUCCAAUGGAUUCUCUCACUUGUAACUCCAGCCCUCUUUCACCAGAAUGCACCGAGGUGUUACAACUCUUUGAAUCUCUAAAGUCAUUGGCUGUAAAGUACCCGAUACAAUCUUACACAAAAGUCAUCAUUUGUGGGCACUCCAAAUCGGGUAAGAGUUCAUUAGCUAAGGUGCUACUUGAUCGUGGGAGCAACAAGAGACGCUUUUCUCUCAACAUGCUUACCAAGAAAUACGUCACUGGUGUCCAUUUUGACACAUUGGGAAUGAUGCCAAGUGACAUACAGACGCUGGAUCAAGAUAAUAUCAUGUUAUACGAUUUGUCAGGUCAAAUACGUUACCACUCAAGUCAUGUCGCAUAUCUUAAGAGCCUCAAUCGUACCUCUCCAUCUGUCUUUUUGCUAAUGGUUAAUGCCAAAUUGAGUGAAGAGGAAACCAAAGAGCAGUUGAGAUAUUGGUACUCGUUAAUCAUAUCAACAUGCAAUCCAGAUGUAUCUAAAUCAGUCGUAUUAGUGAUUGCUAGUCAUGUCGAUGCAUUGGAAAGGAAAGAUAUUAGUCGUUUAAAGGCCCUUAUUGAUGAAACAAUGAAUGACCAAGAGCAAACCCUCUGCUCUUAUUCUACUAAUCACUUCCUGAACUGCAGUAAACUUGUCAGUAAACGUUUGCUGCCAUUUUUUAAUCUUCUCACUGAGAAUUGCAAGUCAAUUCGUUCCUCCCCUCCUCUUACAUCUGGUGUCAGUCCUUAUGCACAUGCUCUCUUUUCUUUUUUAAGCAAUAGUCUGACGGAGAAAGCAAUCACUCUUGUUAAUUUAGUUCGUAAGAUAUCGUCUGAUGCUUCCUUCAACUUGUUACCGUCCCAGACACAAGUCAUUGAAGAGUUGCUUGUCUCUUUACGUGAUAGAGGAUUAAUAAAUCUCAUCACAUCCAGUGAUCCAUCGUGUACCAAGUGGAUUGUCGUCAACUUGCAGUAUGUGUGCUCUGAUUUGUUGGGGAAUCUUUUUGCUGCUCCAUCAGCUAGUGGAACAGAACAAGGUAUGGCACUACAAGCACAGACUAAUACUGGUAUAAUACCUGUACAUUCACUGGAGGCCAUGUUCCCUGAUUGCCCUAAUAGCAUGGUAGUGGGACUAUUGCAAGGGCUUGAGUUAUGUUAUGAGGUUAAUGUCAAAGCUCUCACUCAAAUACCAAACAACCUCAACACACCUAAAAUCCAAGACAAGAAGCGACGACUUUUCUUUCCUAAUUUCGUAUCACUAGAGGAACCAAAAGCUGAAAAUAUCACUUGUGGGACUGGGUGGUGUCUAGUAAACUCUGCCUCAUUUCCCUUUAUUUCUCUUCACUUGUCUCAUGCUCUUUUACUGAGGUUGCUACGUCAGUAUUGCCUACCUGAUGUCACUCACUCAUUGAGUAACCCUACACCCGUCCUCUCAUUUGAUGUAUGGAAUAGCGGUCUUCGCUGGGUUACAAAGAAAUGUAUCGAAGUCACAGUUAAAGUUUGUAUCAAAUCGCAAAAGAUCACCCUCAGCCUUUCUUAUGCAGAAGAUAAUAUAGUGGAACAUGUGAUGCUUCGAAAUGAGAUCAUACUUUCAAUACGACGUGUCCUUUGUGAUUUAAUUCCAUUAUCUAAAUAUAAAGAAUAUUUUGUUCCAUCAACUCAAGUGAAAGCUCUUAACGAACAUCACUUCAAUAAGUUACAGCUAUAUUGUAUUGAAGAGGUCUCUAAUGCUAUUCUCUCUGGGAAGGAUUGUCUCACAGAAGGUCAAACGGUUAAUCUUACUGACCUGAUUCAUAAUGAUCCAUAUCUUUGUCUCUCUUUGAAACAUUACCAGUUGCUCCAUAAUCCAUCGAUCUCCUCUGAUAGUAUUCCCGGAGAUGUACUUGAUGAGAUGCGUAAGUCCUGUGGCGUCUUUCUCUCAGACUUUCCUGAAAGCAGUUAUGAGUCAGUUAGAGAACAUCUGGAUCAAUUCACUGUUCUCAUGUUAUCUGAAGUUUUUAUGAAAGGUAGUAUACACUAUGAGGCUGAUGCUGAUGAGGAUUGCUGUAUACUCUAUGAUGAUUCCGACUCUUCCUUUCUGGUAAAAGCUCUGAUUGGUGUCAAGGACUGGAAGGAGUUAGGCAGAAGCCUUGGACUGCAGGAUGACUUGUUUGAAGAGAUAGCAGCAAGUGGAGGUUCAUCGCAAGAGGAAAUCAUCAAAAAUUUACUGGCAGUGUGGCUUGAUAAAAAGCGCUCUGGAGUAGCCAGUAGAGAAUUGCUCAAGAGAGCUUUAGAAAAAAUAAAUGAGACAGAAAUAGCUAAUUCACUUUAAAUUUUUAAUUUUUGUUGAUGUGCAGUGUAUACA